UUCUGCUAAAUCACAGCCUUUGCUUUGCUUUGUUACUCCUUUAAAAACCUUUCCUCAUCAAAUCACACCAUCUAUUAAUUCAAUUCCAUCGAAUUUGCCCUUUGUUUUGCUUAGAGAUGUCUCAACGUCAGCUCUUCACCAUCGAUUUAUUGGGAAUCGGAAGAGAUAAUAAUGGCAGCCCCCAAUUGGAUUCCGCCAUGGAUUGCCACCAACAACUUGUGCACAGUCGAUCAACGCAGUCAUGCCUGGGAAAGAUCAGACCUCAUUUGCUGCAACAAGUUCUCUCACAAGGAUGUUUGAGCGAUUCAGAAAAUUUCCACAGAGAAGAUCAUAUUGGGGUUUCUGAAGGAAUUAAGACUUGGGAUCUGUUUCCCCUGCAUCCUCUAGGGUUUCAAUCCAACAUAAACAGGACAAAAGCCAAUCGGCUUUGUUGGAUACAGAAAUUGAAAUUUCUAAAGCUGUUACAACUAAUCCAGCAAUUUUGUACAAUUAUCCAAGGCAAAGUGUUUCAAAUUCAGAAGAAUCCACACAAGGGGGAAAGCAAAGGCACGCUGUUAAAACAUCAAAUGCCAAUCUUCCAAUGGCGAAGAGGUUAUCACUUCAACGAUUUCUGCAGAAACGGAAGGACAGACUCAGCAAACUCGUUCCGUACACGACGUCAUCAAUGUAAUUGUUUAGUUGGCAAAGGAUAAGAUUUCUUAUUCGGCGGAGAUGGUGGAGUUCCACCAUACAAUUCAAUUCCUACGCGUUUUGUUCAAUUGACAUGACUCCUCCUCUCCACUUGCAAUAUCGAGAAUCUGAUCUUCAUGUGCGCCAGUGGAUGUAAUUGGAAUCAACGAGAAAUAUAUGUUUAAAAUCAUGUGGCCGGCAUUCUUGGGAUGCGGCUAAUCUGAUUCUAAAGUGACUGAUUAAAUUUUGUGUAAUUUUGUGUUAUACACAGUCAAAAAAUGAAAGAGACAGCUAGUUCUGUCAAGUAUACUGAGAUCUGUAAUUUUCGUGUUAUGUGGAAAUCAUGACGGUUUUGGAGCCAGAUUAUCUACCUCCCAAUUUUUUA